AUGGCUUCCCUUUUUGGAGCAAACCCUUUCUCCUCACCAGUUGGGCAAAGAAUAGGUAUUUUGUGAUAAUAAUUUGCUUUUUUAACCUCUUCUUAACCGUGUCUCUAUCUAUUUGCAAAGUUUUAAUUUGCUGUUUACGACUUGUUAACCUAGGCUCGCACUCAUGCCAUGUUGAAAUAGUUCCUUGCAGGGUCAUUUUGAUAAUUCCCGUGAUCGAUUUGCAAUUUUCAUUGACCUGUCAUUCUUUUAGAGAAAGCUACUGAUGGGAAUUUGCCAUCGGAAGACUGGGCCGCCAACAUUGAAAUUUGCGACAUUAUAAACGAAACCGACGAAGGGUGAGUUUUAUGUUGUAUUUGUUGAACCAAGUUUCAGCUUUGUAACUAAGCUUAUGUGCCGUUCAUAUAAUUAUAUGAUUCGAUCUGCGUUCCAGAACUUCAAUUUCCAUAACCGUGAUUAUCAAAAUGUAGUAUAAGUACUUUUAAAUGUUGGUAUGUUAUUAUAUGCAGGCCCAAAGAUGCGGCCAAAGCUAUCAAGAAGAGAUUCUCCGGAAAUAAGAAUUAUAAAAGCGUUCUCUUGACUUUGACGGUACGUGACUCCUUUCAUAAAGUUCUAGACGUUACAUCAAGCGCUUAUAACGCUCUAUUUCACUUCUCAUCCACAUGUAUUUUUUUCCGAAUUAGUGAAGGUGUCUUAUAUGUAUGUGUUGUUUUUUGUUUUUUUUAAAAGCCUGCUUUCAUUAUUUAUUAAUAUUUUUUGUUGCCGAUGGGAAGUUAUUUAUUCAAGAUCAAGACCUUGAACAAAUUAACAGAUGUUUUGAUUUAAGCUUAUUACGAUCAAGCUAGGAAAUUGAAAGGACUGGGUGAAUUCAGUUACAUGAUAAACCACAAAGGCCAUGAUCUAAAAGAAGUUAAAUUACUUUAAAGAUCCAUGCCAAAUAUCUUUCAUAACUUACAGUGUAUGUAGAAUGCCCUCGUAAUGUGCUAAAAAUUGCUUUUAUCAACAAAUUAAGUUGAUAAAUUAAUUUGACCAGCAGCCUGUUAGCUUGUCACACUGUGAACUGGAGUAAGGUGGACAAUUCUACUAAUUUUUUUGUCGACUCAGUUGAUUAAACUUAAGUUUUUGUUGCACUUCCCUCCAAUGCAAAGCAACACGGUUUCCUUCCCUUUUAUCACUCUGUGGUACAGUAUGUAUUACUUUCAGCUCUAUGAAAGUGAAAUGUGAAUGAGUCAUCAGUAUAUUUGUAUAAAAGUGAUUAUGAUUGAAGGGAAAUAUUCCUAGUGCAUUACAGAACUCAAAUUGUCUUUUGUUUGUAAUAGACUUGGAGCCCUGUAAUGCAUCAGAGAAAGAUUACAUGACAGUUUUAAAAUUUCAAAGUUUACAAAGGUUUUAUAUGCAAAAGCCACUCAACUGUGACUGGAUAGCAAAUGUUGUUUUCGUCAUAGAAGAAAAUCAUUCUAAAUUUAGACUUCCAUUGCCAUGGCUACUUUUGAGAUACAUGGCUACAAAUUUACAGGUUAGCUAAUUUUUAUAUCCUCUUUCCAUUUCUCCUAAAAUCAUUUUUCCAUAUUGAAUAUUGUUUUUGUGUUUAUAGAAAGUUGAUCAUGUGAUCAACUAUUGCAGAAGGCCUAUAGAGUACUAAAGUGAUGACAUCAUAAAAAUUAAGUUUCUGAAAUUAUGGGAUUUGUCAGGAUAUUCUGAAAGAACAAUGUCCAAGAGGCCUACUUGCCAAAAAUGAGCAUUUCGGGGCAAAUUGUGUCUGAGAUGUUAGCCGGUUAUACUCAGAAAACUCAAUACAAACCCUUCUAUUUUGGGGGGGGGGACGUGGAGGGGUGGGGUGGAGUUUUCUAAGCAUAACUGGGCUAUGAUCUCAGAGAUAAUUUGCCCUAAAAUGCUCAUUUUUGGCAAGUAGGCCUCUUGGACAUUGUUAUUUCAGAAUAUCCUGAUAAAUCCCAUGAUUUCAGAAAUUUCAUUUUUAUGACGUCACACUUUAGUACUCUAUUGCCUGCUUCAGAUGGGGGAGCAGCUCCCACAUGGAAGAGUUGGGACUGCUCUUUGAAAAAUAGAAUGAAAUGUUGAGACCAAUAAUAAUAGGCCAUUUGCACUAAGUGGUCAUGUGACAUUGUUUUUAUGAAAAUGAAAGUUAUAUGAUUUUGCCUUCAAAAAACGAUUAGAGGGUCAUACCUUAAACAAAACAAUAGUGAUUUGGUUUUUCAAACCGGCACCAUUUUCUUAAAAUGAGUAAGUUUGUAGCUGGUCACGUGACCAAAAUGUGAUUUUUAAAAUUAUGAAUUACCUCUUUCUGAACACAAAUUUUCCACUUACACUUCUACAGCUGUAGGAAAAUGUUAAAAAGACGAUGUGGUAACAUUUACCACACAUCUGUGCGUAACUAUCAAAUGUUUAACAAGAUAUAAGCAAAAAGUAGUCUUGGCUACCAUGUUGGAGGGUAGGAGUGUGCCCUCCAACAUGGUGGCCAAUACAAAUCAUACUACUUUGUUGAAAAAUUAAAGUGCCAUAAAAUAUCUUCCUUAAAUACGUUUCCUCUCAAAUUUUGGGUGUAAGAUAAUUUUUAUGUGCUCUGUCAAUUUUUGGUGUCAGCAAGAUUCCAACUCAUUGUUUAAAGGAAGCAUUGGUCAUGUGACCUCUUAGUGCAAGUGGCCUAUUGUGGCAAGGCUCAGAGGGUUUAUUUCACCCCUAAAGGAGACCAUAUUCCAACACAGUAUGACAGUUUUUCUUUUUAAAAGCCUGUCUUAAAAAGGUCCUAUGCCUAUCUCAAAUUGAUUGGCAGAUUUUAUAAGACAAACCUUCCUUUAUCACCAUUUCUUCAUUAAACUAAGCUCAUCCAAUUCAUUGUGAGAUGCCAAUUUCCAUCUUAUAAUAAUCCUCUCCUAAAAUAAGUUCCUUGAGAGGGUCCUUUGAAUAUAUUUUUGAAUGUAGACGUUUCUACUCGGCCUGUAUCUACCUGAAUAACCUUUAUUUGUAUCAUAUAUUAUGUACAGUUUUUUAAAAAUGAAAGAAACUUAGCAUGUACUUUGUUAUUUUUUGUAGGUGCUGGAGACUUGUGUUAAAAAUUGUGGACACAGAUUCCAUGUCCUUCUUGCUAAGAAGGAAUUUCUUGAUGAAAUUGUUAAAAUAUUGAGUCCAAAGGUAGGAAUUCAUUCUAAUGGUUCUUUACACAGCUUUUCAUUGCUUACAAUAUCAGUUGAUUUUUGUGUUCUUGCUGUGAUUUUAAGUCUAUCCAGCUGGAAUAUUUUAUUCUGUUAAGUUUGCAACCAGUGACAAUGAACGUUUUACCUGUACACAUGGAUAUGAAAGAAUAAAACUUGGAGAAAUACAGACUUCUUUAACAAUGAAAAUUGAUGAUAUUGUUGAUUGAUGUGCUUAUAAGAAGUACUGGUAAUAUUGAUUCCUAGACUAUGCCAAGUUUUCUCAAUUGCAUAAUAUUAUUAAUAUUAUUCAUCAUGAAUUGAGAAGUUUUUGAAUAAUUGGCAACCUAAGAGUUUGCCAGUCGAGCCAUAAGAAGAAAAGACAUGGUGUAAAUUAGUGUUAUUGAUUGUUGCGGGAAACAAUAGAAGUCAGCAAUCCUAAUCUCCUGUGCAUGUGUAGCCAGCAUUUGUUUGGAAUUGUACUAAGAAUGAAUGGAAUGCAAAAAAUGCAAUCUGAUCACACACAUUUGGACCUUCCAUCACUCAUAAUCUGAUCACUCACAUUUUGACUUUCUGUCACAUAAAACUUACACAAAGCGCAGCAUUGGAGCAAGAGCAUUUUGACCUUUGAUUGAUCCUGCCCCACGUACUAGUAAGAAGACUGCGUUGAACCCUAGAGCUCUUGCCUACUGCAGAGGCAACUGCUUAGUUUUCUCAUUGGUUGAAGAUUAAUAUUAUCCAUGGUGUCUCCCCAGGGGGUUACUAAGCAAAGAUUUACAUGGGGAGGCUUUGCCCCAAGGUCCAACCCCUUACCCUUUCAUACACCAUUUUUUGAAAGAAAAGGUGUACCCCUUUCUUAUACCUUCUAUUGACAUCCUAGUGUAGAAGUUUGCAUCCCUUUUAACUGCUCAAAAUGCACUGGCUUUGUAAUUUGAAUAAAUCACAAAACCAGAAUGUUUUCUCAAUCUUUUCAUAACCACAGAAUGCAUCUUUUAGCACUUUUAGGCCUUUCAGACCAAAAUGACAGAUUUUGCUACCCUUUCGUAUACCUUAAGCCUGAAAAAGGUACCCCCCCUCCCCCCUUGGACAUAGCCUCUUCAUGUAGGCUGUUAUAGGGAGUACCACUGUCUCUUUUGAGCCAUUGCAUUCAGAAUAAGUUGGUAGGUGAACUGUGUAGUACAUACAGUACACUGUACUUCUAGUAGAAAUAAAACUAAUCUUGCUUGUCUUUGGUAAGCAAUUUUUCCAGACUAAAGGUAUCCGGUGACUUUAAGCUACAUUAUAAGACUGUUAAAUACAAUAAGACAAAAUAUAGUACUUUUAUAUUUUCCAUCUUUCAGAAUAAUCCUCCUCAAGUUGUGCAGGAUAAAAUUCUUUCUCUGAUUCAAGACUGGGCUGAUGCAUUCCGUUCUUCUCCUGAUCUGUCAUACGUAAUGGAAACAUAUGAGACUCUCAGAGCGCAAGGUUGGAAGAUUGGGAUAACUUAGCAAGGGUGUGGAGGGUUUAAGAAUUUGUGAGGGGUUAAAAAUCACAACUGAAGCUUAGAUGGGAAUGGUCUCCCAGUAAUCAGUGACUUUGAUGCUUCUAGUGAUCUGAAAUUUGAAGCAACAAAAGCCUGUGACAUAAAACAUUCUAUAAAUUUGUUGGAGGCUGUUAUACAGCAUUUUACACAUAUUUUUAAGCUAAAACUGAGCUAGAAUAAACUUUUAUGGUCGUGAGCGAGGCUAACUUUACAUACUGUUCUUGGACUCAGGGAUGACAAAAUUUAAUACUACCUCUUUAUCAAGUUUAAUACUUUUUUAAAUGCAUUUUCUGUGUUAUUAUGAUCGUUAAAUAUUUUGAUUAUUUAAUAAAAGCUAUUGUUGGUUGCAUUUUACAUAAAAAUUAAACAUUAGGUACCUUUCCAGUAAGUUUAUAUGAAAGGAUUUGAACAAUACCUCCAGUAGAUUUCAACCCUUAAAAGUAGAUGCUAAAAAAGAGUUGUUAGCCACCUCUACAUUUCCCUAUCAUUCAAAUGAUAGUAAAGUAUCUUCUUCUUCCAUUGCAUAUAGGUCUAGAAUUUCCUGCUAAGAACUUAGAUACAUUGUCACCAAUCUACACACCAGAGAGGGUAAGAUGAUACAUGAUCUUUUAAUACUAGAAUGUAACAAAAAAAUUUUUCUUGACUCUUCUACUCCUGCAGCUGUAAUCAGGGGUGUCAUUAAGUUCUUAAGUGGCUGUAGCAACUGAAGAUUCACCCAUAACAUCUCACACAAAUAAUUUAUAGUGCCAUCUUCAGCUUUCCACUUUGAUCACUCGUAACAGCAAGUGUGCUCAGCGAAAACAGGUGUUACGGGUUAUGGCCCUUAAUGACAGCUCUGGUAAUAGUGGGCAGUGUGAAAAAUUCACACGAAGUUUAAAUUUCUAAAGUUUUCUAAAAUCCUCAGAAAUAAAUAGCACCAAGCAAAAGUUUUGCCAAAGAGGUUUCUUUUAACCCUUUAAGCCCCAAUAUCCACAAGCAAAUUCUCCAAACUGAUCUCUAUACAUUUCUUUAAAGAAUAAGUUGAGAGAGUUUGAGAAAAGAUCAAAGCAUUUUCUCUCUGGUGAUCACUUAGUUAAUUCUCAUAACAUAAUCUCUUGACAUUGUAUAGAUAUCAUUAAGAGAAAAUUGAUGUUGGUCACUUUUGGGACUUAGAGGGUUAAAUGGUAACACCGCAUAAGAUUUCAUUCACUAUUUAAAAAAUAGAUUGACAAAUCUUACCACCAUAACUUGGUCUUGGAAAGAAAAGGUUUGAACCAAAACUAGGUAAUUAUAGCUCAUAUUGGGCUAAAUAGUAAUUCUGCUCCAUUAUUUUUCCAAGCAAUUAUAUUUUGCCAUAUUUAUUAGCCAGUGAGCAACAAAUCAGUAUGGCUGAUUAAAUUCAGCCAGCUCACGGCUAUUGUGUUCCAAUAAUAGACGCAGCCAGAGCGACCUCCUGCAAGACCAUCAAGACCCCCACCUACCCAGGUAAUAUUAUUGAUGUAUGUUUUGUUCUCACUUGCAUAUAAAUGAGCAUUCAAAAUUGGAAUAUGAAUAAUUCAGAAAUUUAUUUAAUUUGAGAAGCCUUCAAUAAAGUCAAAUAAGAUAUGCACAAUUUCUUUUGCAAUUCCAUGUUUGAAAGGCAGAUUGCAAGAAAAUGUUUUUUAGGCUUCAAAAAGAAUAUUGAAUGCAACUCUUCACUGAUAUUAAUUUCAGUUUCAUAGUAGGGAUGACCUAUGGUGUGAUAGAUGUAGUUGGGGGUAAGGGGUUUCUAGAUCCUCCGUUUGCCCUGAUCUGCCACUGCAGUGCACUAACCGAAGGCAUUUAGCACUACAUUUACUGACAGUCCAGUUGUUCCAUUACAGCCCACAGUUGUUCCUCCACAAGCAACCCAACCUGGUCAUGCAGUACAAGCUCCUGGUGGUCCUGUGGUACCUACUCCUGAGCAGCUUGGAAAGAUACGUUCAGAACUUGACAUUGUGCAUGGCAAUAUCAGCGUCAUGUCUGAAAUGUUAACAGAAAUGACACCUGGGCAAGAGGAACCAGGAGAUUUGCAGUUAUUACAGGUGAAAAUUAUUAUUGUACAUGUACCUCGUGUUCCUCAGUCAACUCAGUUGAUUGUCAAGCGUUGCUGCUGUACAAUGCCCUGAAUAUAUCAGGCAGACAACCCAUUUUUAUGUUAUCAGUACAUUGUUGCAUGACAUAUCCCCUCACCCCAAUGAUUUUAUUCCCUCUGCGUCCUGCUUCCCUGAUGCAUAGGACGCGAAGAUCGAUUGAUCGAUCUGAACCCAUUUGUGUAAUUUCUCUGGCAGUUAUUGGCUGUUGUUGAAUGAUGCAUAUUUCGCUUAGCCUUUGUUGUGCUUUAAAAUAUAAGGACUAUAUUUUAAUUUUGGUUAACGGUAAUACAGAGUUUUAGAGUCUGUCUUCAGACUGUCUGGUUACAGGCCUAAGCAUUUUCAAUUUCGGACUUGUUUUUUUUUAACUGGGACUCAUUGGCUUUGGAGUGGGACUCAUGAUUUUUCGCAAGAUGAGUCCCAGGACUCACCAUAACUAUUUUUUUCAAAAUCACUGCCACCGCCUACCCGGCCUCUGAAAUCAAAAUUAGUUUUUUAUGUCAUUACUACAUUGUCGCAUGACCUAUCCCUUGUCCCCCAGGUGCACAACUGUGUCUUGACCAAAUUUGCCUGAGAAAAGAUUUUAGCUAACAGAUAGUAGAGGUUAGAGGUCUGUCUACCUUUAUAAAAUAACUAAGGUAGUGCGCGCAUUCUGAUUGGUUAAAACGUAUGGUUUAUUGUGCUGAUAAACUUAGAGAAACUUAAAGUUAUUUUAUAAAAGCAGUAGACCGCACUUUCUAUGGGUUUACCAGCAUGAUAACCCACUUGGAAUGUUGGGAGAACACUCAAAAAGCUUCGGCUCAUGAUUUACAAGCUUUUCUCGUGUUCUCUCAACAUCCCGCGUGGGUUAUCACGGCAGUAAACCCAUAGAAAAUGUGGUCUAUUGCCUAAAUAAACAAGUGGUUAAUUUGCUGAAGAAUAUGCUUCCUUACAAUUAAAUCUCUUUCUCUAGGAAUUAAACAGAACAUGUAGAGCCAUGCAGCAGCGAGUUUUAGAGUUAAUUCAAAGAGUAGCCAAUGAGGAAGUAAUAGGUUAGUAUUGAUCAUGCGUUUUUUCUUAAUAUUGUUACAGUCAAACCAGGUCAAGCGUUCCCGUCGCUAACGAACUAAUGAAUUCAUUCACGGAAAAAUGAUUUCGUUUGUUGAUUCAAUAAUCCAUUCAUAAAAUGAACAAUCCAAUAGUAAUAUUUAGCCUCGAUUCUAUAAUCGAAUGUUGAUUCGAUUACUGUUUUUUGAAAAAUUCCACUUUCCACAAGUUGACCUCAGAAUUUUGUUUUUUCCUCUUUUUUUUCUGAGAGUCGAGUGCUGGCGAGUUCUGAAGUUCAAACCCAAACAAACUGUUACAUGUACGCCAGUUUGCUGCCAAUAAUCAGUGCAACAGACCUAGGCCUGACCUCUUAGAAAACACGACGGUCAAACUGAGGUCAGUGUAUGUGCGGUGAUUGGUGGAUUUCAAUCCUCGGCCUUUGUCAGUUUCUUUGCGUUUGCGGUCUGUCUAUUCUAGCUGUUAUUUUGAUUAAAGGCAAUGAAAAACGCAAUCGUAAACGGCAGGAAAAGGUAAGCAAAUACCAUUGAACACAACAGACAAGAAUAAAGAACAGGUAGAUUUUGUUCAAAAACCAAAUCAACAUUUGAUUAUUGAAUCGAGGUACAAUUUGACCAUUGGAUUAUUCAUUUUAUGAAUGGAUUAUUGAAUCAACAAACGAAAUCAUUUUUCCAUUAAUGAAUUCAUUAGUUUGUUAGCGACGGGAACGCUUGACCUGGUUUGACUGUAAUUUACGUCUUCUAGAUGAAAUGGUUAAAAUUCAAAAUCAUGUUACAAAAUCAUUGUAACUUUUCUGAACCCAAAGCCAUCUAAGGGCUAAAGCUCUAGGGAGGGCUGGUUAAUUAAAUAUUUUAGACAACAAAAAAUUGAGAAACAUUUUUGAAAACAUCAAAAACUGAAAGUUAGAUGUCAGUGAUGUUAGAUUAGGAUGGUUCACUUUCAAUAUCCUAAGGCCAAAUAUUGUGGUUAAUGAACUUAAUUUUCAUUUGGCCACCACAGAGUCAUGUUUAAGAGAAAGAAUCCAAUCAGAAAGUAGCAUUUAUGCCUAUGUUGGCACUGUAGCAUGUUGUCAGGCAUAGAGUGGGAGAAUCUACUUUAUGAAGAAACUUCAAUAUCAUCAGUAGGCAGCCAAUACACCGUACAUUGCGAUCGAUGUUGAAAUGAAUGUAGAUCUUAAGACAAAUAAAUAUUAUAAAGCCAAGCUAUCACAAUAAAACCAUGGUAAAUCUCAUUAUAAGAAGGAGGAUCAUUUUCCUAAGAAGGUCUAUUUUAAGUCUAAUGUGUUUUUUCCUUUAUCUCCUUAGGUUUGCUUUUAAGUGUAAAUGAUGAUCUUAAUAACGUGUUUAUUCGAUACGACCGAUAUGAAAGAUUCAGGCAGAACACAACCCAAUCAGCUGAACCACCUGCACCCGCACCCACACCUGCGCCCGUGCAGCCACCACGCCCUGCUCCUGUGGAACCAUUACCAGCAGACACUGGACGAAUUACAACAGCCUGGCCAGAAAAUUCAACCAGGGUUCGUUAAUGUAUAACUGUAUUACUAUAGGAAGCAACGUGGUAGCCUGUGUACAGAUGCCCCCCCCCGAUUUUUUCUGAGGGGAGGGGGGGCAUGUGUAUACAGGCUAGCAAUGUGGCCGAGCUGUUAGAGCACUGGACUUGCAAUUUGGAGGCCCUGAGUUCAAGUCCUGCACUGACCGCUGGCUGGAUUUGUUCACGGUAGUCCCAAGUUCAAAUCCUCGACCACACUUGUAAAUAGCCAGCUGGUUUGCUUAUGGCCAGUUGGGAUUCUUACCCCCGGUUAUGUUUGAUUUGAAUUAUUUGUUUCAGUCAUUUGCUUGGCCCCACUAGCAUAACUACUAUAAACACUGCGGAGGACAAAUAAAGGAAUUGUCAUUGCCAACGAGCAGCCUUGCAAAGACGUAAGGCUGCAAGGCGGCAUCAUAAUAAAGCCAUGUGCAAAAGUUUCAAGGCAGAAUGAAUCUCUAAGCGAUGUAACAUAAGGUGGUGUAAGGUAAUGUUUAUGACAUAAUGCAGGACAGAGAAUAUAAGAAAAAUAUGCUAUGUAAAGUCAGUAUUUCAAAUUCUUUAUGCAGUAGAACAGUUUAGUACACCAUUUUCAAGGUAAUUUUCGGUCAUGCAAUCAAAUUGAGUUCGAAAUAUUUUACCCAAGUACACUGUCUGUUUAUGCCGCUGAAUGAUAACGCCGCAAAAUUUAUUGUGUCUUUGAAGCAAAAUAAUUCGGAAGGCUUCAUUAGGGCACCAUAAAUCUUUAUUUCCCUGAAAAGUAGACUUCCUAAGCUUUAAAAAGAGACAAAAUAUAAAUCUGUACGUUGAAUAUUUGCGGACUUAUGAUUUUUCGAGGGUUCUUAGUUCACUUACAAGACAACCAAAUUUUACGUGAAGUGACCUGUUUGCAACUGUGGAUAAAAACACGAAUUUCAUUAUCUCGAAAAAUGUGCCUUGUAAAGUGGGGAUUUCUAAUUCUUUAUGCAGUGGAACAGUUUAGUUCACUAUUUUCAAGGUAAUUUUCGCUUAUGCAAUCGAAUUGAGUUGAAACUAUUUUUCCUAAAUUACAGUAAUUUAUGACAUUUCAUUCCAAGGAAAAGGCAAAAUAAUCUAAAAUAGCAAAUGGUACCAUAAAGCUCAGACAGGAAAUGUCCCUUUAUUUUUCCUUUAAUACCAGUAAAAUGCGUACCAAAAUGGUCAUCGAACACUCCCUGCUUUAGUUAACUUUGUUCUGAUACCUGUACCUACUUCAACAGUUAGCUCACCAACCCUUCCAACCCCACUUUUGCCUUACAUGGUAAUAAAGUUGCCCUUUUGUUGUUGAAUACUUCACUGUACCCGGCAAUGUAUAAUUUGUGCAAUUUUAACUUGAGUAUGUGUUGAUUUAGAUUCCAGUUGCUGCCCCUGCAGUUCAACCAGCACCUGCUCCAGUAGCCCCAGCAACAGCAAAUGGGUAAAGUUGAGACCAUUUUUAACUCUUGCAGUUGUAUGGUGGCACGUUUUUCAGUUAGCUGACAAAGUUGUCCUUGACCUUGAAAACUGAUGACUUCACAGAGGGUAGGAUCUGCACAGGCAGUUAUGGAUGGUUCAGGGGCAAAUGGGAUAAUCACAAAACAAAAAAAAUGUCUUUCGCUUAUUUUUUCACCCAAUUUGGCAUUUAAUGGCCUGAUUUUGGUUGUUCUAUGCUCGAAGGUGGAUUUUCUGAACCUAUUCAUCCCCUGGAAAUGUUACUGAAAAAUAUGUUUUGAAGAUAGUUGAGCCAUUUUCUCUUCACUGUCUGGUGAGAAAGAGCUAGAACUUACCACAAAACCGUUUGCAAGUCGUACACUUCACGGCCUUCUGAUCCGCCGGACGCAAAAUAUUAGCUUGCAAACUUUGGACAUGCGCAGAAAGCAAAAUUUCGCUGUCUCUCCUCUCCUCUUCUUUAGCUUUUCUUGUCUCAUUUUUUCUCUUUUGCUGGGAAACGUUUUUAGGAAAGCUUUUAGGAUCUUAGGAUUAGAUGAAAGGUAGGUUGGUAGUGGAACAAGAUUUUCAUGGGAAUUUUUUCAGAGCCAGCGUUACAUAUAUUUUUGCGUUUUCCUCCGGCCUUCUUGACUGAAUCGUGUUCAUUCUGGUAUGGUUUGAAAGAUCUCUUCACCCUACAUAAGUUAGCAGAAAAGCUGCUCUUGACCAUUAAAACUGAUGGCAUCACACGCGGUUGAAGGGAUAAGAUCUGCAUGGGCGGUUAUGGGGGCAAAUGGUUUAAUUUAGCAUCAUACACCAUUCUACAGAUUUAAAUAGUAAAUCAGUUUUUAGUUAACCCCAGUAAACAGUCACGAUUACACUUGCAAUACACGCAUUGGCAAUUAAAUCACCGUUACUCUUCAUCAUUUCAAUGCAUUUGUUUCAAUUGCUUAGAGAAUCUCUGAUCAGUUUUGACGAUGAAGCAGUGGCUCCUUCCCAGGCCCCCUCAGUCGAUACUGUGACAUCCAAGAUGCAAGCUUUGAGUAAGUUAUUAACUUUGGAUGCUUCACAUCAUCACACUUGGUGUUUUCAUCAAGAAUUGAACACAAGAAAGCUUAUUAGAGAGAUUAAGAGUCACGUUUACGGAAAACAACAAACGUCGGAUUCAAGUUGAGAAUUUCUCAAAAUAGACAAUUAGCAGAUAGAAACUGUCCAGAACAAUUCUUAUGUAUAAAACUGGCGUGAAACUACUUACUAUUAAGUAGAAGUAAUAAACAGUCAAUGACAAUUAAGGGGGGGAACUUGGUCACGUGGUACAUAUUCACGUUUGCCGUUUGCCGUUUGGCGUAAGCGUGAAUCUUCAUCUUUCUAUGGUAGAACUGCCAUCUGCAAUGAAACUUGUGUGUUCAUUGUUGCAUCCAACUUAUGAAUGAAUAGUAAGACUUCUUAUUAGACUCUUGUCACUUGAGGCUCUGUUACAGCUGUAUGUUCAUCAGUCCUUUACCGCUUACUGAAACUCAUAUACAUAACUGUACCCCUGCCUUGCUUGCCGACUUGCCUAGACUGUCAGCAGUCUCUUGCAUUUAUUUUUUAUUUUUUCAAAGUUACUGGGGUACAUGUAGCACGCGUAACGCAUAAAUCCGAUCCGCAAGGAAAGAGGGUUUUUGUUUUGCAUAAGAACUGGAUGGACUGGGAGAAGUCCACUACUUGUCAUUCUUUUGAAAAAGUUAAAAGUCUGAGGUGUUUUGAUUCCGUGAUGUAGGUUUUUUUGAAAAGAUGUUUUAUAUUAUUUUUAGAUGUUGCCGCCACCCCUGAUCAAAGAGCAGCUGAUCAAGAUGAUGAAUUUGACAUGUUCGCUCAGUCAAGAAAAAGCACAUUUGAUGAGGUCAGACAAAGGUGAGUUAAAAACAUGUGGCAUUGAACCACUGGGUAUGUAGUUUACCAGAUAUUAUCCACAAAAAAGACAGCAGUUAAGGGUACUUUACAAACAACCUAAUUAUAAUCUCAGCAGAUAGCCAUUUGCAGGCGUUCAAAUAGUGGAGUGCGGCGGGAAAAAAAUAAGGAGGUAGUGAGGGUGAGGGAGGGAGGGGGGUUCCUUCGCUGUCACUCCCCACCCCACCCCCUCGCUGUUUUCCUGCCCAGAUCUCCUUACAAUCCGUCCUUACAAUCGGAGUGCCUGGAACCUGCCACUCAGCAGAACAUUCAAAAGACUAAUUGAACAAAAGUGACAAAUAUGGUCAAUACUAGUUAGUACCCUGAUACGUUAAAACUUUGACAAAAGGCAGCUCGAAGUGCUCUGCACUUACAUGUUCUUUUUAGAAUCUAUUUCAGUUAAUGCUAACACGCUUUAAACCUUAACAGACUGGUGGCCAGUAACAUCGUGUCAUUAAUGACUAAUCUGCUAUUUGAACAAGCCUGAUGAUGACUGUCACGCGUCUUCCAUUGUCAAAGAGUCGGUCAAGAGACAUUAUUCACCUGGAGGAUUAUAUAUUAUAUGGAUUUGAGCGCUUAGUGUUAUGUGCAAAUGCGCGAGUUUUAGAAAGGAUAGCUUCUCAAGAUCCUUCGUACUGCAUGUGUUUUAUUUGUCCUCCUGUUUUCUGACUUUUUUAGCGGAUCGACAUACUCUGAUAAUCUUCAGCCAUUUGAUCGCUCAAUUGCAACCUCCAUGGCUGUUAACAAGACAGAACCAAAGGUACGGAGUAUAAAUUCUCUGGACCAAAGAGUACAACAUUAUUAAAGCUAAGUUUCAUUUUACAACGCAAAUUAUAUGGAAUUGUUUUCUAUAUCGUUUUAUUUUCUUUUUAAAAUUUGUGUAUUGUAAUUGUUCCUUUUACGACACACGCCUGUAGGAUUUGAGCGUACAUGUAUGCAAAUAUUUGCAAUUUAGUUGUCGUUACUCGGUUACUUGAAUGUUGCUCAAAGAAAAGCUAUGAAGAAAAAGAAAUAGCUGUGGAAAAAAACGAGUUCUUAGAAAAAGUGGGUUAAACUGAUGGCGAAGAUCAAAGGAAGGAAACAAUCAAGAACCACCCUUCAAAACUCGUAACCCAAUAUGUUAUCAACUAGGUAUCAGCCCAACUUACAUACAUUCGUGUUGCUGAACAGUUAUUGCCGUUCAGUUUGUAACAGUUUACUUAUGGCUGGAUUAUUUUGUUUCCUUAACUUAACAGGCAGAAGAAACAAGGUGAGAAAAAAGCUGUUGCCUUAUCAUCCAAAUUAUACUGUUGUUAGAAACAAUUUAUAAGCAAACUGGAUAACAAAAAAUUUAGGGAAAGAAUUUCAAGUCGUUACACUAAGCUCCUCUUGCUAACCACGCAUCCCAGCAUUUUCAUGUUGGCUUUCUUGCUAAACGCGCAACAACGGAGUAUUCGUAACUUACAGUCAGUAAGAUAAUUGUUAAAUCUCUCCGGCGAGUGGUUUAAGUGAAUUGGCCUCAAAAGAACACAAACGUACCGCAAAGUAAACUACAGACCACGAGCGUAGCGUCCAUAUACGCACAUACGCCCGUGCGCACAGCUAAAAUAGUGGAAAUUAUUAUUUUUUAUUUCCUGGAAGCAUUUGUAUCAUUAAAUCGGAAUGACUGAUAAAUUUGUUGGAUUAUGUUGUCCUAUAGUGUCUUUUUGUUAGAAUUUCCUUCAUCCUUUAUUAUUCUUUCAACUGACUGCAAAAAACGUUGUAGCGGUGUGAAAGACGAGAGAUUGAGCUCUCAUGCAAUUCUGCACAUACACAAGCACAAGGACGUCGAUAUUGGUAGCGUUGUAAGAGUUUGCCCGUCUGAAGGGUAGACAUCUCGCCCUUUGCUUGUAGCCUCUUUGAUGGCGUCACUGUUUUACCUUUUUUCGGUAAACAUUUUACCUUGCCGAUAUCACGAGAGCUACUGCAGAGUCCGCAGAGUGUAUACUUAUCGCAAAUGGUGACAAAAUGAAUUGUUAAAAUGUUGCGCUAGUCGCCAACCAAAUCCUUGUCGUAUUAGUCUUUAAGUGGUUGUCUUUGUUUCUUUUUUUUCUUAAAGUCACAUAGAUGAUAUGGAGUCUUGGCUGAAUGUAACAGAGCAUGAUGUAGUAAGUAUUGCGAUGUUGAAAUAACGGAUAAUAUGUAACUGAAAUAAAUCAUUUAUUUUGAUUUCGAAUGGCACAGAUAAAAUGAGUAGAUAUGAUCUUAGCAUUUAAGUGAAUGACAAGAGCGGUGAAAAUAUUUGGAACCUGAAAUCAUCAUGUCGUUCUCAAUUUUUUCUGGUUCUUUUAAAUAUUUUCAGGUGUUUAGUUUUCUCAUUUAACUGCAAGGAUUACGUCUACUUUCAUCUAUUGCGCGCAAUGUUGGUAACAUCGUCAGCCUUGUGCUUGAAUGUUGGGUGAAAUGCAUUAUUUUGAUUUCACUCAAUAUUAAAAAACUUGGUUAUAAUAAUGAUGAUGAUGAUGAUAUUGUCACGGCAAUUUCGAAAUUGAUCACUGCCUUAUAUAUUCAAACCUAUCAACCCGCCGUAUGAAGCGGACGCAACGUCAUUAACUCCCAAAAUCUUCUUCUCAACAUUGCUCUCAAGUUGUCGGCACUAGGCAGUGUCUUACUUGUGUAUUUUCUUCUUUUUUUUUCGGAUUUCAUUUUAUUGCCACGCGUAAGUGUUAACUCAACGGAAUUCUUUUUUUUUUAACAGGCCAAAGCAGAAGCUGCAGCAGCUCAACAAAGUACCGAAGGAGAAACCUUAAGUAGUUCAGGUUUGUUUAACAUCAAAGUAAAGUCGUGAACAGGGAAGGGUGGAGCUAUAUUGUUGAGGUUGUCGGUGCGGUCCUAACUACCGCCUAAUUUCCGGGACAGUAACGACAACAACAACAAUCAAUCAAACAUAGUCUGCUUUCAAAGAAUUCUUAAGAUCAGUGAUGUAAGGAGAGAUGUAUUGUGAGCCAGGCCACUUUCUAGAAUCAUGCAUACUUCUAGGAAGAGGAGGAGCCAGGUUAAUGCUUCUCACUUUACUGACGAUUUUGCGGCUUAAUGCAGUAGGUCGCCUGAUAUGCUUGUUUGUCGGAAGUGCGUUUCAGCUUGGCUUUUUACCGUCGAAACUUUGCUUUUCCCUGAAACCUGUACAGUUGAAUUUAUGUUACACCAAGGUACACCACACUGAAUUGGUUCUACCGGUCUCUCCCCGCCGAUCGGUGUGACCGAUGGAGACUGGUUACAUCUAUCGACCAUUGAACCCGAGAGUGAAUUUAGACCGAAAUAAUGCAAAAUAGCUUUGAAAUACGCGGUUAAGCUAAUGUUCCUCAAACGCAUCUUUAAAUUCAUGAUAAAUACAGCUCCACCAGCUUCAAACAGCAUCUAUGACAGAGAAAAAUGGUUUAAGUAUAAUAAUUUUACCCAAUUAUUUAGUAAGUGGCAGCGUGGUCUAAGUGGUUGAAGAGACGAUGAUGAUGAUAAUGGUGGUGGUGGUUAUGGUGGUGGUGUUGGUCAUGAUGCUGGUUCGAAUCCCAUGGUGUGAGACCCGUUGAAAUACGAUUCAUUUUCUUUGUUACACAAUUUUCUUUUUUUUUGAGGUUUUGUUUUUUAAUCAUAGUUUUUCCCUUUGCCUUGUUUCCCUUUAUUUUUACUGCUGACCCUCUGCAACUUCUCCAGAUUUUUGCGACAACAUAUUUUCUAGUUUAGAGUUUUCUGAAAACUGCUUUUGUGAUUGUCGUUUCAGAGUUCGACAAGUUUCUUGCUGAACGAGCGGCAGCAGGUGGUCAGCGGACAGGAAGUGUAAAAGCAGGCGCCAACCGGCCCAGGCAAAGACAGAUGCAGAUGGACACAGCCGAUGAUGAAAUGUUCGGAUUGUAAUGCAUUUGUGAAAGACAUCGUGACAUUUUAGAUACCCUCGGUCGUAUGCGGCCUCACCAAGCAGACCAUGCAAUGAAAUUGAAGACGUCUGACUUGCACUGAUUAUUUUAGUUGACUGACUUAAGAGAAACACACCUUCAUAUCGUUCUUCGAAGGAACAAACACUGCGGUUUGGCUCCUUGAAACUUUGCCUAUGGACGAGACAUUAUGAGAGAACAGUUACAACGGAGAGAAGAGUUUUUUCUGCUUCUUGUAGAUAAAAACCGAUCAAUCGACCAGCUCAUACCUGGUAACUGAUGUCUCCUAAAAGUUUUUCUUACAAUGCGCCAUGAUUCGUAAUUACUUUCGUGGAAAUUUGGCUCUAAAUAUUUAGGAAAAUAAGAAACGUAGGGUCCUGAAUUAGCAGUUCAUGUAUAAAUCUGCUGCUUUCCUUUGAAACGGUAUCCUUUGUUGGAUUAUAGCGUCAUUCAUAAUGCGGCAUGUUUGGUUUGGCGGUAAAGGGAUAAACAGUUUUCCAAAAGAUACAAAUUUCGACCCAUCCUCAGAGUACUCACGGGUGACGUGAAACCAAGAAAUCCGCAAAGAAGUCGUCGCAAUAGAACCUAGAAAAAGAAAAGGUGCAAAACAAAGAAAAGUUCACAGUUCCUUACACCGAGUUAUACCCAACAUUUUGGAUUCAGAUCAGAAUUUUGUCGAGGGAAGUAAUUUAAUGAUUUCUUUAUUUUCCCAGCGCAAUCUUAUGAAACAAACGGAUGUAAUUAGCCAAAACCUAUCCUGUCAAUUCAAGUCUCUCUUUCUUGUUUAAGUUCAACUCCCGAGAAAAACGGUCUCCCCUCACAGGCACAUCAAAAUCAGUAGAGUGUUUUUAGUAAAACGCUUUACGUGUUUUAGAUUUUAAGUAAACUGCAAUCGCCUUAGGCAGUUAAAUUACACUGAAAAAUUUCUCAGAUGUACAAUUUAACAUUUAAGAAUUCAAUAUUACCUUGACUGUAAAUGCAUUAUCAAAAAGAAAGCAUAGGUAGCGUUGGAAGAACCGCGUAAAACAGGCGCAAAACAAGAAUCCCGUUUCUUGUUUUGCGUGUUAAGUGUUCAGUCUAUUAUGUUAAUAGUGUACACGAAAGCAUGAAUUGCUGUUGCCUCUCUAACAUGCAACAGUAGAAAAGAAUGAUGGACAAAUCUAGGAAGAAUUAAAGCUGCAUUAAGAUAUUCAAUUUU